GCUCUUCAUAAAGAUUUUUUUUAUUGUCCAGAACAUAAUUUCAAAAUGAAUCGUGUUACCCGUGCUCGCGUGGUGGUGAAUGUUGAUGGUCAAAGAAAAGUGUAUUAUCGCGAUGGUGAUACAAUUACGAAUUCGGAUGAAGAAUGCAGUGAUUUUACGGAAAAUUUGGAAGACGAAACACAAUCAUCCAACGAAUCAUCGAACCAAAGUAUUGAAGUCGAAACACCGGCUAAAAAUGAAGAAAGAGAAAUAGUCGAAGGUGCUUUGAACUCUGCUUUUAAUGAAUCGAUUGGAAAAGAUGAAAAUGCAACAUUGAUCGAAGAAAAUGGACAACAACCAGCAAAUGGGUUAAUGAUCGAAGGUGCUUUGAACUCUGCUGUUAACGGAUCGACUGGAAAAGAAGAAAAAUCAACCGUAAAUGAAGAAACAGGACAACAGUUUGCAAUUACAUCAAACGUCGUGAAUGAUUCUGUUGCGAACAUCUCAAUUGGUGUUGAAAAUUUAUCGAUUGACGAAACUGAAAUGUCAUCAGACUCAAUUGUUUACAUGGGCACAUUUUUCGACGAUUCUAUUAUGUAUGUUGGAACAAUCAAAGGUGAAAGCGUUCAGCCAAAGACGGAGGCAAAUGAUGACGUGAAUUAUUCGGCUGAUGUUUCAUCUGAAAAUUCUACUGACUUCGAAACACCACCAUCGUACACUGAACAACUUCGUAUACUGUAUGGUACCACUUCUCAUGCUGAAGAUCAGGGUAUGGAUCAAAAUGUUGAAGCAACUAAAGCGGUCGAGUCAUCGGCCUUGGGACCAAAAGAUGAAUCAAAAGAAGAGAAGCCAUUUGAUACGAACUCGGCACCAAAAAUCGAAGCAUCUGAAACAAAAAUUGAAUUCAAUGAAGGUCGUGACCGUUCUGAUGUUAUUGGCGCACAACUCAAAGUCGAAUUGAAAGAUGUAGUCAAGAAGUUGGAGUUUUGAAUAUUUUAUUCUUUUUAUUCGUUUUAAAUCUCAAUUUAUGAGAAAUAAUUUAUCUAAAAAGUAAAAUAUCUACCUAUAUGAAUAAAAGUAA